GCGGGCGACCCCGCGGCUCCCCAGACGGCGGCGGCGGGCGCUGAGCGGAGCGGGCCUUGGGCUACCUCGGCGACCGGCGACGCGAGCCCUGGCCGUUCCCGCGCGGCGCCCGGCACAAUGGAGCCCGCUGUGUCGCUGGCGGUGUGCGCGCUGCUCUUCCUGCUGUGGGUGCGCGUGAAGGGUCUGGAGUUCGUGCUCAUCCACCAACGCUGGGUGUUCGUGUGCCUCUUCCUGCUGCCGCUGUCGCUCAUCUUCGACAUCUACUACUACCUGCGCGCCUGGGUGGUGUUCCGGCUCAGCAGCGCGCCGCGCUUGCACGAGCAGCGCGUGCGGGACAUCCAAAAGCAGGUGCGAGAAUGGAAGGAGCAGGGCAGCAAGACCUUCAUGUGCACAGGGCGCCCCGGCUGGCUCACCGUCUCGCUGCGGGUUGGGAAGUACAAGAAGACACACAAAAACAUCAUGAUCAACCUAAUGGACAUCCUGGAGGUGGACACCAAGAAGCAGAUCGUCCGUGUGGAGCCCUUGGUGUCCAUGGGACAGGUGACCGCCCUGCUGACUUCCAUUGGCUGGACUCUGCCCGUGCUGCCUGAGCUCGACGACCUCACAGUGGGGGGCUUGAUCAUGGGCACAGGCAUCGAGUCGUCAUCCCACAAGUAUGGCCUGUUCCAGCACAUCUGUACUGCCUACGAGCUGGUCCUAGCUGACGGCAGCUUCAUGCGAUGCACACCGUCCGAGAACUCAGACCUGUUCUAUGCUGUGCCCUGGUCCUGUGGGACCCUGGGAUUCCUGGUGGCUGCCGAGAUCAGAAUCAUCCCUGCCAAGAAGUACGUCAAGCUGCGAUUCGAACCAGUGCGAGGCCUGGAAGCCAUCUGUGACAAAUUCACUGUCGAGUCCCAGCGGCCAGAAAACCACUUUGUUGAGGGGCUGCUCUACUCCCUGGAUGAGGCCGUCAUCAUGACUGGCGUCAUGACCGACGAAGCGGAACUCAGCAAGCUGAAUAGCAUCGGCAAUUACUACAAGCCCUGGUUCUUCAAGCAUGUGGAGAACUACCUGAAGACAAACCGGGAGGGCCUGGAGUACAUUCCUCUGAGACAGUACUACCACCGCCACACUCGAAGCAUCUUCUGGGAGCUCCAGGAUAUCAUCCCUUUCGGCAACAACCCCAUCUUCCGCUACCUCUUUGGCUGGCUGGUGCCCCCCAAGAUCUCACUGCUGAAGCUGACCCAGGGCGAGACCCUGCGCAAGCUCUACGAGCAGCACCAUGUGGUACAGGACAUGCUGGUGCCCAUGAAGUGUCUGCGGCAGGCCCUGCACACUUUCCACAACGACAUCCAUGUCUACCCCAUCUGGCUGUGCCCAUUCAUCCUGCCCAGCCAGCCAGGCCUGGUGCACCCCAAGGGAGAUGAGACUGAGCUCUAUGUGGACAUCGGCGCCUAUGGAGAGCCACGUGUGAAGCACUUCGAGGCCAGGUCCUGCAUGCGGCAGCUGGAGAAGUUUGUGCGCAGUGUGCAUGGGUUCCAGAUGCUGUACGCCGACUGCUACAUGGACCGGGAAGAGUUCUGGGAGAUGUUCGACGGCUCCUUGUACCACAAGCUGCGCAAGCAGCUGGGCUGCGAGGAUGCCUUCCCCGAGGUGUACGACAAGAUCUGCAAGGCCGCAAGACACUGAGCCCAGCCUCCAGGACAGACAGACACAGGCGGAUGGACCUGCACCAUCGCUUCACCCAGCUUGGCUGCUUUCCCAAACGCACAUUUUCAAAAGAAACCCCUCCAGAAAUCCCACCCAGAGGGCCCCACCAGUGUCCCCAUCAUGUGUGGGGCAGCCCAGUCAAGUGCAAGUAUGUUGGACUUGGAGUCAGGCCACCCUGAGUCCAGGUCCUGGGGUAGUCACUAAUUAGUGAGUGUCUCUGGGUGCAUCACUUAACCCUCUGUGUUCCAGUCUCUCCAUCUAUUGAUGCAGGUAAUUAUACCUGCAGGCCGCCUUCUAGGUCAGCACUUGUCACAUGAAAGGUGCUUUGUACACCGUAGCUGUUACUAUUUCCCACUCAGCAUCACAUCUGACUAAAGCGCUCUGGAUUCAACAGUUGAAUCCAAAAGGCCUCCCGCUAGUCACCCCGUGCACAGGUUUGGCUGGAAUGAUGAAGGGGAUGCCCUGGAGUUGUACCGCCAUUGCCUGAGUCAGCCAGAAGAGCCUCCCGCCUUCAGGGUGCAGUGGGGCAUCAGUGGGGCAGGCAAGUCCAAGAUGUGCUGUGCCAAAGCCCAGUCCGAUCCCAAAGUUCUCUCUGCUGUCCUUGGCGACAUCCUGCCCCGUGUGCUGCUGUCUCAGGCCUGCCCAGCCGUCACUGAGCCCAUUGAGAGCUGUGUCCAGGAUGUGACUGGAGAGGGUUCUGAGCUCUGAACUGAAUCCCAGGACGCAUUUUCCUUGGCUUCCCACCCCAGAGAUCCCUCGUGUUCCAGGACCAGUUGAGUCAUGGUGGGAUGCAUCUGUACUUCUCUGCAGCUGGGGGGCUGCGGUAAGGAGGACACGGAGCCCCCAUCAUGUGUUUCAUUGAAGAGUCUCGCUUUGGGGCUGAAAGAAAGAAGCAUUAGCUGGAUUUCUCCUACCCUCAUCUCCCCUUUUCUUUAUCCCACACCUGCCCCCCAGCUUAGUUAAUUUCAGUGCCUUACAAAUCCUAAGCUCAGAGAAAGUUAGUUGUGUUUCCCUUCAGAGGGAAGAGAACUUGUGCAGCUCCCUCUGCCUUGCUGUCCAAGUGUGGCUGUUUAUGCAGCUCCAUCCUAAGAUCUGCCAGCCCCAGCUAGAGACCCGAGUGAUGACCUAGAGGAAGGAGCUGGGGUCCACAAGGGAGACAGAGCUGAGCUGGUCACAGCCGUGAUGGUGAUGCUGGACUCAGUGCUUGGUGCCCAGUCCCUGCUCGCCUGUCAGCGGGCUCUGCAUCCACAGGCAGGUGUUCAUCCCUCCACGCUGCAGUUUCCUCACCUGUCACCCUGGUCAGGUGAGACCUUCCUGGAGUCCUUCCAGGUAAAGUCUUAGACACCACUGUUGCAAAGCCCAGGGAACCAGCCAUUGUUCAUGUUGAAAGAAGAAAAAUAAAUGAUGCAGGUGACACUUGGGGAUUAUCUGUCACUUAAGGUCCUUCAGUUCCAAGGCAGCUCCCAUCCCAUUUUCAGCAAAGCUCUUCUGGGGCUGGUCAGGAAGUGUCCAUCUCACCCUUCCACUGCUAGUGUUUGUAGAGCCACCCUGUGACGGACGCUCUCCCCUUCCCCACAGGGCUGGGCUCCCUGCAAAGAGUGGCUCAGCACGGUCUUGCAGGCACAGUGUCCUUGUGGCAUUCAGAAAGUCUUCCUUGCCAUUUGGCGCCUGGAGGGGACAGAAGACCCUCGUUCUCUAGUCUGAAAAGCACACAAGUACUAAUCUGUGUGAUCCUUUGCUCGGCACUGAACUGAUGACUCUACUUCAUUUAGACGAAAGGUUACCCGAGCUAGUUUAAUCCACCGGCGCAAGGGCUUGACCUUCAGAGCCACCAUCCAGGAGGCCCUGGGCUGUAGCCACAGACGCUGGCAGCAGUGUUACCCUUAGUCCCCUGACCAAUAUCCAGCCUUCCAUGGACCUUACCUGGGAAGGGGAGGUAAUUUGGAGUCAGACCAGCCUCAGGUAAAUGAGGCUUCAGCAACAUCUUGCCUAGGAAAGUCUUCCAAGCAUGAGCUGAGUUCCAACUUUGCCUGCAGCCUGUCUGUCCAUCUCUGCAGCAGACACCCAGUGGAGCUGAACUUGGCAUCAGUGGGCAGCAUAUAAAGAGCAGUUGUGCCUAUCCCCUCCAGAGCCUGUUUCUUGCCUGCAUGAAGGAUUUCUGUCAGAUCAGUGACAGCCAUCUCCCUUGGCUGAAAGGAAGUACUACUGUUUAUUAGAGAAGAGAGGUGGAAAUGGUAGUGUAUGGUGUGUGAUUAUUUUUUCAUUGGUCAUAAGAACCACAGAGAAAGGCAUGAGUAUCCCAUCGGGCUUGCAGCUGCAGCAGCUGUGCCUGUGGACUCAUGUUCCUGUGCUGUGGGGCUGCUGCUUCUGUGAAAAUAAAAAGUCUGGUCUGAAGCUGA